AUGAGUGGAAAUAAUGAACGUGUGGACAUAGAUUGUGCUGUUUGUUUACAAAAAUGUAACCAUCCGACACAGCUGCCAUGUGGCCAUGUCUUCUGUUUCCUCUGUGUGAAGGGUAUUGCAUUUCAAAGUAAAAAAUGUGCAAUGUGUCGAGCUGAAAUCCCUCCAAAUUACCUGGAUAAUCCAAUACUUCUGGGUCCAUUGUCUGCUGAGCAAGUGAACAAUAGUCUUGCUGAAGAAGUGUGUCAGUGGUUUUAUGAGGGUAGAAAUGGAUGGUGGAAAUAUGACGAACGUAGUAACUUUGAAUUAGAAAAUGCAUUCAAUGCUGGUGAUCCUGACUGUACUUUACUCCUUGCUGGAACCUUGUACAACAUAGAUUUUCAAACUAUGACACAAGUUAGGAGAAGUGAUCAAACUAGGCGUCGUCGAGUGAGACGAGAUACGCCAUCUUUCCCGUCCAAAGGAAUAGCUGGAAUUAAGACUGACGACGGUGGUACAAGACAAGUUAAGAGUGAUGAUGAAGAUACAGCGGACGUCGUACAUAUACCUACUGUAGAUGAAGUUAUAGAAAUUAGUGAUGAUGAAAGGAGUAAUUUAGAUCAACCGGGUCUUAUUCAUAAUGAAGAUAUCAAUGAAGUGAUUCACAGAAUUAGCUCAGUCAGCCUCCACGACGUAUCCACUAACCACAACAAUGAAGGAACCUGA